CUGUGACGUGUCUACUCUGCUCGAGCCUUUAUCAGUCGCGGCUCAGGCAGGAAUAAUCACAGUCGAUCAUCUUCUCGGACAGUGAAGGUUACCUGCUUCAACAGUGCUUGAACGGCAACCUUUGAACUGUCUUUGAACACCACGGGUCGGGAACAACCAUCGCUGCCAAUUUCUUCUGAAGAACAUCCAGACAGCAGCUAGCUAAAACCAUCUUUCAGCGCGCUUAGCUUCGAGGCUAACCGUUUGUUUUGCUAACAUCAGCUUUGACCUCCUACGAAGACAACCCGCCGAAACUCAGAACCAUGAGUUCCCAGGUCAGACACAACUUCCACCAGGACUGCGAGGCUGCAAUCAACAGGCAGAUCAACCUGGAACUGUAUGCCUCCUAUGUCUACAUGUCUAUGGGAUACUACUUCGACCGUGAUGACCAGGCGCUGCAUAAUUUUGCCAAGUUCUUUCGCAAGCAGUCUCACGAGGAGCGUGAGCACGCUGAAAAGUUGAUGAAACUACAGAACCAGAGAGGGGGAAGGAUCUUUCUUCAGGACAUCAAGAAGCCAGACAGAGAUGAGUGGGGCAAUGGUUUGGAGGCUCUUGAAUGUGCCCUGCAGCUCGAGAAGAAUGUGAACCAGUCACUGCUGGACAUGCACAAACUGUGCUCUGAUCGCAAUGACCCACAUCUGUGUGAUUUCAUCGAGACUCACUACCUUGACGAGCAGGUGAAGUCCAUCAAAGAGCUGGGAGACUGGGUGACCAACCUGCGCCGUAUGGGAGCUCCUCAGAACGGCAUGGCAGAGUACCUGUUUGACAAACAUACUCUUGGUGAAGAAAGCAGCUAAAUCAAUCCAGAUGACUUGCACACAUGCUUCUGCAUAUGUAUUUUUGUAUCUUUGCUUCCAUACUAUGAAGGAAAAAAACAAAUCUCUAUCCGCAUGAUGUUUGACCUUUUUUAAAUGGUAUUUGUGUUGAUCGAUUUACGUUGCCACUCUAAUGGAGUAGUAGCUUUGUAGACUCGGUCUCUCAUCACUUUGUCAUCGCUGCAUAUUUGCUGUAUUAUGCUGAGCUGUUUCUCAAACUCAAUAAAUCCAACCCCUCUCAA